AUGACGACAUCCUUCAUCUACGAUGGCGAAAGGAAGGCGCUACAGGCGUCUGUCGAUGCAAAAACUAUUUACCAGGAAUUUCAGCUAUCGAUAGGUGAUCUGCGGCUUCGUGAUGCGCAAGGGCGACGGCAUAUAACAACGCCACGAGGCGGAUUUUCGCCUCCGUUGCGAGCAGGCUGCGAGUAUGAGAUCAUUGGCGUACAGAAGAGGCGUGGUACCCGCUUCACUUAUAACGGGAAAACCGAGACACUUUCGGGAGACGUCAAGCCAGCAAAUGUUUGUGCCGAAUUCCAGCUAGAAAAACGCGGACUACGAGUUGUUGACGGUGAUGGGAAGCUGCAUAUCGCAGCCUCCCUAACCGUAUUCGUACCCCCGCUGAAGGAAGGGGCCAACUAUGAAGUGCAGGUAGCGGGGUCGACCUCGGCUGGGCAAAGCAAUGACACGCAAAUGUCUAUCAGGAGACGUACUGCAACGGAAGGGCACCCGGCUGAUCGACCAAAAAGCCAUGAGCCGGACAAGCCAGAUUCCGACGUCCGGGCGGAAAAUGGCUUUCAGCUCAUCAUGGCGAUGGUUGUCAUUUUCAUUGUUGUUUUCCUCGCGUAUAAGAAAAUUUUCGGU